UAUGGUGGUCUUUCGGAAAUUUUAUGGAAAAUUUAUUUCAUUAAUAAUCAUAGUAAUAUGUUAUUCAAUAGUCGAAAGCAAAAUCAUCCAAGGAGAAUUAAGAACAAAAGAAAAUUGGGCAUUCAUAACAAGAUUCUGCUUCUUGUCAGAACUUGGAAUGUUCGAAUAUGACAUCGAAUAUCCCAAGGAAUUCAAAACGCAAAAUAUUUUGUUAUAUUAUGAUGAAAAAAAUCAGUGGCCAGCCGUUUAUAAGAAAAACAAGACUUGCCGGGAGAAGGAGUCAGUGCUGUUCGUGCCCAACGGUCAGGUGAUCUACCUCAAUGAGACGACCUUCCGGUCAGGGUGCUUCGACAGCACGGAGGAGGGCAUGAGCGGAUGGCUUCAUUGUCACAGUCGCAGAACAUUCCAAUCCCGUCGGGAGAGAUGGUGGUUCAUCGCCAUCAGCAACUGCGACGCCAACUUGGGGUUAUUUCUGAGGUACAGAUUUACUAUGACCAACGAUGAGCACAAUUUGUGGUUUAAACAUUUUUCAGCUGAUGAAUUGUACAUUCUACAAACGGACAUUUGUUUUCUGGUCCUCUACGUUGUGCUACUUUUGAUGUCGUUUGUCGAAGCACAGGCUCUGAGGGCUCGACACUUAUUCCACAGAACCUACACACUGUACCUCUUUUCGGUGAUUCUGGAAUGCACUGGACUGGCCUUCCUUUGCGCCUACUAUGCAAUAUAUGCGCAGGAUGGAUCGGCUGGAAUCGAGCUCAAACUUCUUGGAAAGGUUCUGGAAGCUUUAAGCACAUUACUCUUACUGACGUUGCUAAUUUUCAUCGCUAAAGGAUACACCGUGACCAGGGGACGACUUCGCAAGAAAACAUUGUUGAAAAUCGCUGGAUUUUUGUGGAUGUACAUAGUCGUAUAUGUUAUUCUGUUCCUGUAUGAGAGAAAGUUCUUUGAUCUCGGGCAAGUAUUGUACAUAUACGAGAGUCCUGCAGGCUAUGGUAUAAUUGGUCUACGUCUAAUCGGAUGGGCGUGGUUCGUCUAUGCCGUCAUAUUCACAAUGAUGCAUUAUCCAGAGAAAUCGAAUUUCUACACGAAACUCUUUCUUCUCUAUUCUGUAUGGUUUCUCUCUGCUCCAGUCGUCAUCCUCAUUUCGACGUUCAUUGUGCCAAAGUGGGUUCGAGAGAAGCUCCUGAACACUGUGGAACUCUUCAUCUCCAUAGCCGCUCACUUCGUGUUCUUUGUACUUACGAGGCCAUCAAAGGCAAACAAGAAUUUUCCUUAUCACGUGAGAACAUCGCAGAUCGGAGUGAUGUUACAGACAAAUGGAGCCACGCCGAUUGGAGACAGUUCCCUUGACAAAUUCGCACACCAUCCUUAUGCUUUGACAUCGCCUAAUCCGACGCCUAACUACGCUGCUAUCUUUGGAAUUCAAGCAAAUGGAAACCAUCAUCCGCCAACUGAAAUGGUAACUUACGGACCAGCUGCCAGACCAAGUGCUCCACCCAUGGCAGACGCUAUUGCAAGACAAAGCUAACGCAUGUUAUGUCUAAACUGAAUCAUUUCAUCAAGCAUGUCAUAGUCAGGCUUUUCUAUAUGUAUUUAAAAAAAAAGAAAUAUGUGUAUUUCUGAAAAAUAUGGAAUUUAUUUCUUCAAAAUUG